GCUGAACCAAGUGUUGCCACUUCCGAUGCAGCUGUGGACUUCAGUUCAUUUACAAACGUGCAACAUCUGGAGCUUCCCAAGGAUCAAGGGGGUUUGGGCAUUGCUAUCAGUGAAGAAGACACACUUAGAGGAGUCAUCAUAAAGAGUCUGACAGAGCACGGGGUCGCGGCCAAGGAUGGGCGGCUCAAAGUUGGAGAUCAGAUCUUGGCUAUCGAUGAUGAAGUUGUUGUUGGCUAUCCUGUUGAAAAGUUUAUCAGCCUUUUGAAAACAGCAAAGACAACAGUGAAACUUACCUUUCGGGCCGAGAAUCCAGAAUCCCAGGCUGUUGCUUCAGCAGCUGGUACAUCCAAUGGUGAAAAAAAGAACAGUUCCCAGGCUCUGAUGGUCCCACCACCUGGCUCCCCGGAACCGGAGCCCGUCCGAAGUACAAGCAGGUCGUCAACACCAGCAGUCUUUGCUUCUGAUCCUACAACCUGCCCCAUUAUCCCGGGCUGCGAAACAACAAUUGAGAUUUCCAAAGGGCGGACAGGGCUGGGCCUGAGCAUUGUCGGGGGGGCCGACACCCUGCUGGGUGCCAUUAUUAUCCAUGAAGUGUAUGAGGAAGGAGCAGCAUGUAAAGAUGGAAGACUGUGGGCUGGAGAUCAGAUUUUAGAGGUGAAUGGCAUUGACUUGAGAAAGGCCACGCAUGAUGAAGCAAUAAAUGUCCUGAGACAGACACCACAAAGAGUGCGCCUGACACUCUACAGAGAUGAGGCCCCAUACAAAGAGGAGGACGUUUGUGACACCCUCACCGUUGAGCUGCAGAAGAAGCCGGGGAAAGGCCUGGGAUUAAGUAUUGUUGGUAAAAGAAAUGACACUGGCGUCUUUGUAUCAGACAUUGUCAAAGGAGGAAUUGCAGAUGCUGAUGGAAGACUGAUGCAGGGAGACCAGAUACUGAUGGUGAAUGGAGAAGAUGUCCGUAAUGCCACACAGGAAGCUGUUGCCGCUUUGCUAAAGUGUUCCCUAGGCACAGUGACCUUGGAAGUGGGAAGAAUCAAAGCUGGACCAUUCCAUUCAGAGAGGAGGCCCUCUCAGAGCAGCCAGAUGAGCGAAUGCAGCCUGUCGUCUUUCACGUUCCCGCUGUCUGGGUCCAGUGCCUCCGAGUCGCUGGAAAGCAGCUCAAAGAAGAACGCAUUGGCAUCAGAAAUACAGGGAUUAAGAACAGUUGAAAUAAAAAAGGGGCCUGCUGAUUCACUGGGAGUCAGCAUUGCUGGAGGAGUGGGCAGCCCGCUUGGUGACGUUCCUGUAUUUAUUGCAAUGAUGCACCCAAAUGGGGUGGCAGCUCAGACCCAGAAACUCAGAGUUGGGGAUAGGAUUGUCACUAUUGGUGGCACUUCCACUGAGGGGAUGACUCACACCCAAGCAGUUAACUUACUGAAAAGUGCUUCUGGCUCCAUCGAAAUGCAGGUGGUGGCUGGGGGAGAUGUGAGUGUGGUCACAGGGCACCAGCAGGAGCCUGCCAGUUCCAGUCUUCCUUUGACUGGGUUGACGUCAAGCAGUAUAUUUCAGGAUGACCUAGGACCUCCACAGUGUAAGUCUAUUACACUGGACCGAGGACCAGAUGGCUUGGGCUUCAGUAUAGUAGGAGGGUACGGCAGCCCUCACGGAGACUUACCCAUUUACGUUAAAACAGUAUUUGCGAAGGGAGCAGCCUCCGAGGAUGGGCGUCUGAAAAGGGGCGAUCAGAUCAUCGCCGUCAAUGGGCAGAGUCUGGAAGGGGUGACCCACGAAGAAGCCGUGGCCAUCCUGAAGCGGACGAAAGGCACGGUCACCCUGACGGUUCUCUCCUGAAGCGGCCGCCAGAGUCGAGCCAACGCAACCCCUCGCUCCCACCCCAGCCUGCGGGGAGAACAGAACUGGCCCUGCGGGUGCCUCUCCCAUGCUGUGUUCCUCGUGCUCUCCAAGGCUGUAGGGAAGCCACCAUUCACAUGUGUCACUCUCACGUGCCACUGGUUUUAUAG